UAUACCUCACAACUCAGAUUUCCCUGUGUGGGACAUGGUGAUAAGCCUAGGUAGGUUGGCAGUGAAAGGUUAACAUGGAGUUCAGAAAUAAGUGACCAAUAGUGAGGGUAGGAAAGUAGUGAUGUCUUUAUUUUCCAUUAAAAAGAAGGUCUUCAUCUCUGAGACAAAGCCCCAAACACCACUGGGCUUCUGUGAUGGCCCUGGAAAGAGAAUUGAAUGGAAGGAUUGCCUGGCAUGUAGGUGCGAGACUGCAGACAAAUAUGAUUAUGAUCUCCUGUUAUAUGAUCCUGACAAUGAAUUCCAUUCUGCAGUGUGUCUGGGGAAAGUAAGUGAAGUGCAGAGUCUCUUAAAGGAGAAAAAAUACAAUGUAAACGACAGAGAUGGUAACAACAGAACUGCUUUGCAUUUUGCAUCCUGUUAUGGAAAGGCAGAAAUAGUAAAUAUUCUAAUGGAAAAUGAUUGUGAAAUUAAUGCGCUUGACAAUCAGAAGACAACACCAUUGAUAAAGGCAGUACAGAUGUGUGAAGAAAACAUUGUAUCUUUACUCCUUGAACAUGGGGCUGACCCAAACAUAAAGGAUGCAAAUGGCAACACAGCUUUGCAUUACGCAGUUUAUGUGGGCAAACCAGCCAUUGCUGCCAAUCUGCUACCCUAUGGAGCAAACAUCGAAGAAAAGACUAAGGAUGGCUUCAGUCCUCUAUUACUGGCCCUCAGAGAAAACCAACUCCUAAUGGCAGAAUUUUUAAUAAGAAGAGGAGCAGAUAUAAAUGUGUCUGAUGAGCAACAAAGAACAACAUUAAUGUAUGCAGUCAAAUCUGACUCAAAACGUCUCGUCGAUCUUCUGCUUAAUCUUAACAUUGAUGUGUUCUUAAAAGAUUCCUUCAGUUGGAAUGCACUGAGAUAUGCCAUUAUGGGCCAUCGUAAAGUUGCCCGCACUAUUUUGAAACACCAAAAUUCAAUAAUUAAACAUAUCCGAAGAUCCAAUCGAGUAUAUGAUUCUGAUGACCAUUCUUCCCACAGAACUCUCAUUGAAUCUUUUUCAAGAACUAACUUACUUAUACCACGCAGGGAUAAACGUCAUAGCGGUACUUCGAGUAUGUCUGGACAUACUGCAGUGCCAGAAAGAUCCAAUGAAAUUCCCAAUUUACGUGCGACAGUAAAGGAAGAUGACAACCCUGAAAAUGGACCAAAUGAAGGUGUGUUGAAGACAUAAACUACUUGUUCUUCACGCUAAGUUCAAGUUCAGAGGUCUCUUCAUCAGCACGUGUUUAAGAAAUUGACUCUUUGGAUCCAUGACUCAAGCCAGCUCAGUGUUUAAAAAUCCACCUUUUAGGAUCUGUGAGUCAGGUCACUUCUUGUUUAUUGAGUUGCGUACUGGAAGGUAAGAUCAGCCCAUACUUAGCACGAGUAUUUCUGUGAACCCAUGGAUUAGACAUGGCCAUGUUGAAGAAGCCACCUCUCCAACUUGUGGAUCACUUUAUAACUUCAUUAAGAACCACACUCAUGGACCCAUGAAGGAGGUUGGCUACUUUUAGUAGUGGACCCCCUCGACCUCCGGACUGUAUCAGAUGCACCCACAUUUCCUUACAUAGCUUCAAAUGCUCAAAGACAAAUAGUACUGUCACAACACAUGAUAAAACAUAUUAUAUAACCAGAACUCAUGGGUUUAAAUUCUGGCUUGUUCACUACCAGUGAUAAUGAACUUGACCUUCUCUAUCUUUGACAAAUUCCUCCUUUUACCAUAUUCUGAAGAUAUUAGCUACCUUAUAGGACUGUUAUCGAGCUUUUUCAUAUGGGUUUAUGGCAUGUGGUUAAAAUAAUAUAUUAAGUCAUCGUGGGUCCUGACUCCUAAUAUUAACUGCUAUUUAUUCUUUUUAAAAGUUCAUCAGGUCUGAACUUCAGGACUUAUAUAUUGGUUUUAAUGCACUUAAAAAUUUGUUUUUGUAGAGAACUUUUAUCUCAAGUGUCUCAAUUGUCAUUUGUCUCUUAUUAUUCUCUGACAAUUUUAUAAUUGUGUAAUGUUUCCCAAACAAAAUAGAUAAUAUGUUAUCUACUCCCAGCUUUCUUCUUCCAGAGCUCCUGGACAUGCUUCAUCCUUUGCUCCUAAAGGUUUCCUUUGAUUUUGAAUUCACAGAGUCUUAGUGGUGUCUACUAGAACAUGGAUGGGUCUUUUGCUUUUAAUAUUAAUCUUAGGAGAUAAAACUAUUUAUAUAUUAAAUCCAAACCCAAGGCA